GUUUUGUUUUGCUUCAUCUUCUCUCCCUAUUUCUAUUUCAUUUCCUGCGUGUUCGCGGGUCCUAUUGACCACCACGCAUUUCUCUCCGUCUCAUCAAUUUUCACCACCAUCAAUUCCAUUUCAUUUAUCUCCUUUUCUCUGCCAAAACAACUUACGUGAUAUGAAAUGAAAGACGACAUUCUUUUACCAUCUUAAUUUCCUCGAAUUUUUUUUAUUCUGAAAGUUUUGUUCUAGGUGGAGAAAAGUUGAACGAACGAAAAAAAAAAAAGAAAGGCCAAAAUGUCUGGUUUUGUCGGUGUACUUGUGUCUGAUCCAUGGCUUCAAAGUCAAUUCACCCAGGUGGAGUUACGCACCCUCAAAUCCAAGUUUAUUUCAAUAAAGACUCAGUCGGGCGGUGUCAACGUGAAAGAUUUGCCGCCUGUUUUUGCAAAGUUAAAGACUUUCAGUGAAAUGAGUAAUGAGUAUGAGAUUAAGUCCAUCUUGGAAGAGUCCUACAAGGACAUGACUGAAGAAAUCGACUUUGAAUCUUUUCUUCGGGCAUUUUUAAAUUUGCAAGCCCGAGUAACUGAGAAAUCAGGUGGUUCAAAGAGUAGUUCAUUUCUAAAAGCAACCACAACCACCUUUCACCAUGCUAUUAAUGAAUCUGAGAAGGCUUCUUAUGUUUCUCACAUCAACAACUACUUGGCUGAGGAUCCAUUUAUGAAAAAAUACCUUCCUAUAGAUCCAGCUACGGAUCAAUUAUUUGAAAUUGCUAAAGAUGGAGUUCUACUUUGUAAGCUUAUUAAUGUUGCUGUUCCUGGGACCAUAGAUGAACGAGCCAUUAACACAAAACAAGUCCUUAACCCAUGGGAGAGGAAUGAAAAUCAUACCCUUGGCCUUAAUUCUGCAAAAGCUAUUGGCUGCACGGUGGUUAAUAUAGGCACACAGGACCUGGCUGAAGCAAGACCCCAUCUAGUACUUGGAUUGAUUUCUCAAAUUGUCAAGAUUCAACUAUUAGCUAAUCUCGAUCUAAAGAAAACUCCUCAACUUGUGGAAUUGGUUGAUGACAGCAAGGAUGUGGAAGAGCUUAUUAAUUUACCACCUGAAAAGGUUUUGCUGAAAUGGAUGAAUUUUCAUCUCAAGAAAGCUGGCUACGAAAAGCAAGUUACAAACUUUUCUUCUGAUUUGAAGGAUGGAGAGGCUUAUGCUCACUUGCUGACUGCUCUUGCACCAGAACUUAAUAGCCCUGACACCUUUGAUACAAAAGAUCCUACUGCAAGGGCAACCAAAAUUCUUGAACAGGCAGAAAAAUUGGAUUGCAAAAAAUAUCUCACUGCAAAGGAUAUUAUUGAUGGUUCACCCAAUCUUAACCUUGCAUUUGUUGCAGAAAUAUUUCAGCAUAGGAAUGGACUGUCUUCUACUGACAGCAAAAAGAUUUCCUUUGCUGAGAUGAUGACAGAUGAUGUGCAGACUUCUCGUGAAGAGAGAUGUUUUCGACUGUGGAUUAACAGUCUUGGUAUUCCUACAUAUGUCAACAAUUUAUUUGAGGAUGUCAGAAAUGGAUGGGUUCUCUUAGAAGUUCUUGACAAAGUUUCACCAGAAUCAGUUAACUGGAAGCAGGCUACUAAGCCUCCCAUAAAGAUGCCGUUUAGAAAAGUUGAGAAUUGCAACCAAGUUGUGGAAAUAGGGAAGCAGCUGAAUUUCUCUCUUGUGAAUGUAGCUGGGAAUGAUAUUGUGCAAGGAAAUAAGAAGUUGAUUCUAGCAUUUCUGUGGCAACUGAUGAGGUUUACUAUGCUCCAACUGCUGAAAAACUUGAGAUCCCACUCCCAGGGAAAAGAGAUAACAGAUGCUGACAUUCUAAACUGGGCGAACAGAAAGGUGAAGAAGGCAGAUAGAACUUCUCAAAUGGAGAGCUUCAAGGAUAAGAACCUUUCAACUGGGAUUUUCUUCCUUGAUCUGCUGACUGCGGUGGAGCCAAGGGUGGUUAACUGGAGUCUUGUUACAAAAGGAGAAAAUGAUGAGGAUAAGAAGUCAAAUGCAACCUAUAUAAUCAGUGUUGCACGAAAGCUUGGGUGCUCCGUUUUCUUGUUACCCGAGGACAUUAUGGAGGUAAACCAGAAGAUGAUCCUCAUUUUGACGGCCAGCAUCAUGUACUGGAGCUUGCAACGAGGAGAGUCAGAGUCAAUCCUUGCUGAAGACAGUGGCAUUCCUAAUGAUGAGAGGGAGGCAGUCUCGUCAGGCCAAGGAAAUAUUGAAGAAAAUUAACUUUGAUAAUUAACCAAAGAAAAAGUUUUUUUGAUUCUUUUUUUUUAAUCUCUCUAAGUCUUCAUUCUUAUUUUCAAUAGAAAAGAAAUGGCAGGAUAGUUAACUACAGAUAGCAGAUAUUCAGGCACCCUGUGUGCAAGCAGAGCUCUUUCUUAAAGUGCUGUAAACUACAGAGAAGUCCUGUUAAUUUUGGUUUUUGUAGUUAGAAUUUAUGCUGAUAGGUGUAUUUGAAUAAUGUGAUCUGAGGAGGGGAAAAGGAAAGAGAUUUUACUUUUUACCCCAUCCUUAGAAAUUGGAGAUUCUCUUUCUGGUUAGAAAUAUGUUACCUACUUCUCCAA